CGAUUCACGGCCCUUCAGCUCUAGAGGUAGCUGCUAGCCAACUCGUUAACCCACUUAUACGCAUAUAAUUACUACGAAGCCAACCGCGACGAUGCCGCCAAAAAUCGAAGCGCAGGAAAUCGAGACGUACUGGAACAUCUUCUCGGCGCGAACAAAUGGCGGCAAGUUCCUGACGGGCGAGCAGGCGGCGCCGGUGCUGAAGAACAGUGGCCUGCGCGAUGACCAGCUGGAGCGCGUUUGGGAUCUGGCCGAUGUGGACAAUGACGGAAACCUUGAUUUCGAGGAAUUUUGUGUUGCGAUGAGGGUCAUCUUUGACCUUUUGAACGGGGAAUACGCUGAUGUCCCGACAACUCUCCCAGACUGGCUUGUCCCCGAAUCCAAAGCCCACCUUGUGCAAGCGAACCGCGCGCUAACCGGCAAGGCGCCAAAAUUCGAGCAAGUCGAAGAUGAAGACGAUACCCCCGGCUUGAAGGAUGGGUUUGACUGGUACAUGAGCCCGGCGGAUAAGUCCAAGUACGAGCAGAUCUAUCAAGAGAACCGAGAUAUGCGCGGCGAGGUUUCCUUCGCCGCCCUCCAAGACCUCUACGACUCCCUCUCCGUUCCCGACACCGACAUCCGCUCGGCCUGGAACCUGGUCAACCCGUCUGCCUCUUCGACCAUCAACAAAGAUGCCUGCCUCGCCUUCCUGCACAUCCUCAACUACCGGCACGAAGGGUUCCGCAUCCCGCGCACCGUUCCCGCCUCUCUGCGGGCCUCGUUCGAGCGGAACAAGAUCACAUACAACGUCAACGACCCGUCGCAGUCGCGCUGGGCCCAAAAGGCCGACGACGAGACCUCUACCGGCCGCAAGGCCAAGUUCGGCGAUCAGUACCUGACGCGCCUAGGCCGUUCCUCGUUCAAGACGGCCGGCACCGACUUCUCGUCCGAGCAGACGGACGAUCAGUGGGAGGAAGUCAGGCUGAAGAAGCAGCUGGCGGAGCUGGACGAGAAGAUGGCCAAGGUUGAGGAGGCGGCGAACCGUCGUAGGGGCGGGAAAAGGGAUACAAAGCCGGCGCUGGUCAAGAGGGAGCUGGAACAGCUAUUGGACUAUAAGCGCAAGGAGUUGAGGGACUUGGAGGAGGGUAAGGGGAAGGCGGCGGCUGGUGGGAGCCUGAAGAGCGUGGCGGAUGAUUUGGCGACGGUUAAGGAGCAGGUGGAAGGGCUGGAGGCGCAUUUGAGGAGCAGGCAGGAGGUGUUGGAGCAGUUGAAGAGGGAGAUUGAGGAGGAGAAGGUUGGGAGGUAAGCUGUUGAGGGUUGGCACAGGGAGAUGGGUUGAAGAGAUAGAGAGAGCGGGCUGUGAUAU